AUGUUCCGGCGUCGAGCUCGCCCAGGGGCCCAGGAGGUGGCGCCCAAGGGGCUCCCUGGCGACGGCGACUUCCGACGCAGCAGCGACCCGGGGCUGCCCAAGCUGACCCCGCCUGCGCUCCGAGCAGCCCUGGGCGCACGGGGCUCCGGGGGCUCGAGGAUCCCGGGGGGCGGCGCCGCGUGGUGGCCAGAAGGGGAUGCCGAGCCCGAGGUGGGCUUCGGACGCCUCCCGCCGCCGCGCCUGCCCGCCCUGCUCACUGCGAGCCGGCGGGCGGUGCGGAAGCGGGGGCUGCUGCGGUCCCUGCUGCUACCUCCCCUGCUCUCGGCCGGCGCGUCCCGGGAAUCGGCGCCCAGGAAGCCCGGGCCUGGAGAGCGCGAGCGCCCCCGGAGGGGCGUGGCCAGGGAGGACCCUGACUUCUUGGGCGCCUUCCUAGGAGAGCUCCUCCCCAGCAGGUUCCGUGAGUUCCUGCACCAGCUCCAGCAGAAGUGCGCCGAGGAGCCCGAGCCACUGACAUCCCCAGCACCACAACAUCAAAGUGAUGUGUUAGAGCACUGCCCAGGGUCUCCGCAGUGUCCCAACUGUUCAUUCCUCCCAGACCUGUGGGGCCAGUCAUCGCACCUCCAGGAUAGUCUUACGAAGAUUUCGCUCCAUCAGACACCUACUCUGGGGUCCCUGAAGGGUCAUCACUCACAAUUCACCACUGUCAAAAAGGCCAACCACAGGCCCCACGGUGCACAGGUCCCCAAGCUCAAGGCUGCACUGACCCACAGCCCCUCGGGGGAAGGCUCUAAGCCCCGCAAGCGGCGUUGCCCUUUCCGGGUGCGAUUCGCUGACGAGACCCUGCAGGACACAACGCUCCGCUACUGGGAGCGCAGAUGCUCAGUCCAACAGAGCAUCAUUGUGAACCAGAAGGCUGCCCUGCCAGUGGCGUCGGAGCGGGUGUUUGGGAGUGUCGGAAAACGGCUGGAGAGUUUGCCCAAAGCCCUGUACCCUGAGGCCAAGGAGGAGACCCUGGCCAGCUCCUGGUGCUGGGACUGUGCUGGCCUGUCCACCCAGAAGACACAGGGCUGUCUUUCUGAGGACACCUCCAUCAACAGCAGCGUGCCCUUCUGUUCAGGGAAGAAGGCCGCUGCUCAGAGACCGCGAAGCGGCCUCCGAGCCUUCUUGGACCCGUACGGCAACCUGGAGCAGGUGGCCAGCUGGUCCUCUGUCUCACUGCAGUCGGUCCUGAAGCAAGGCCGCCCUAAGGGGUACCAUCUCCUCCUGGCCUCCACAACACUGCAGCCAGAUCAGAGGUGAACACCCGCCAGCCCAAGGCCAGGGACACACAUGGGCCAGGCGAUGAGGAGCGUCCUUCCUUGCCCACAAAUAAAGGCACAUCCCAGGUGGCUGGGACCUGCCAGUAGGUCUCA